AUGAGCGACGCUGUUAUUAUGCACCCAGUCGAGGAGCUGUUCCUUGACAUUUCAAUUCAUGAGGUAUUUACUCAGACAAUGGUGACCUUUGUCGAGCCAUGGAAGACUAUGUAUGUCGAUUCAAUUCGAGAGCAACGAUACGGCGACGCCAUUUGGGCUCGCUACUGCAUCGAGGGAGGGGUAGAGGAUGGGUUGAUCAUUGGCCAAGGCCCGAAUCCUGACAUCACGGUGCUUGAUCAAAUCAGGGAAGAUGCAGUUGAGGCGAAGAUGAACGAACCAGGACUAUACGCAGAGGCUCUGGAGCUCUACCGAACGACUAGUAGUGCGGACGGGCACCCAGAGGUACUCAAGAUAAUCUUUGAUACUGGCAGGAUGGACCCUCGCGACUGA